UAUUAAAUAGAAAAAAAGACAGAAGCAUUAAAUAAAAAUAUAAAAGGUUAUGUUUCAAGAAGUAUUGCAAUCAAAGAAGAAGCGCUUGAUUUGAAAUAAAAUCAUAAAAAAAACAGGAAACAAAAAAAUUAAUCAAAUCAAAAACGAAUACUUGGAUAUAAAGAACUAAUGAAAAGCUUAAUAAACCAAGAAGAAAAAUAUGAUUAAAUAGAAAUGAGCCCAAAUUAACUGAAGAUUGAAGAAACGUAAGAUGAAGUGUACUCAAACUCUAAUUAAAUUAUUCAAUCAUAAUCUAACGAUACAAAAAAGACAAAUAAAUGGACAUAGAAGGAAGAUGAAGCUCUUAAAAAACUAGUUUAAAGUUUUGGAGAAAAAAAUUGGAGAAAGAUUUCUGGCAUGAUGGAAGGCCGUAGCGCUAUUUAGUGUCUACAUCGAUGGUCCAAAAUUUUAAAACCUGGGCUUGUAAAAGGUCCUUGGACUGCUGACGAAGAUGAAAAACUUAUAUACUGGGUUUAGUAAUAUGGACCUUAUAAGUGGUCAUAGUGCUCAGAAUUAAUAACUGGAAGAAGUGGAAAAUAAUGUAGAGAAAGAUGGUUUAAUAACUUAAAUCCUAAUGUCAAAAAAGGUAACUGGACUUAGGAGGAAGACAAUGCAAUUUUUAGAGGUUACCUAUCGCACGGUAGUAGCUGGAGUAAAAUUGCUAAAAAUUUAGAAGGCAGAACAGAAAAUUCUGUUAAAAAUAGAUUUUAUUCAACUGUAAGGAAACUUUUAAGUGAUAUGGAAAAGAAAGGAAAAUAUGUUAAUCAAGAUAACGAAUGCGAUAUAAAGAAUAUCAUUUAAUAAUCUUUAUCUGAAUAUAGCUCAUCUUAAAAUAUGAUUAAAUUAUUAAAUGAAGAAUUAGAUUAAGAAAAUUAAUAAAGGAGAAAAUCCUCUACAACAGUGACGAACUCAGCUUCAAUACAAGAUUGCAAUGAAAUAAAUAUGAAUUUAACCUUAUAAACUUAAGAAUCAAAAGGUGAGCAUAAAGAAUAAUUAUAAAAAUUAGAUAUUUAAAAUAUACAGGAUAUAAAUAACGAAAGCAAUGAUAUUAUUUAAAAUAUAACUGAUGAUCUAUCAAAUUAAAAUUAAAAAAAUUAAAUUAUUGCUUAAAAAAACCCCAGCGAUAAAGAAAUUUUACUAUAAACUUCUGAUAAUUUUUAGUAAGAUCUUGAGAAAGAUGAUAUCUAAAAAGAUCAAUAUUAAAUUUUAAAUAAAGAUUUUCCAUAAAAUCAGCAGUAUGAAAAUGGAAAUCAUGAAUAAAUUAAUAGGCAAAAUAUAGAAGAAAAAUUAUAAAAGCAAAACAAUUCAAUUAGUCCUUAAAAUAUAGUUUCUUAAUAAUAAAAUUAAUUAUAAUUAUAAAACCCUACUCUCUAAUCAUAAUAACUUUAAAUUAAAUUAAAAGAUGAGUAUUCUCAAUAAAAUUGCUUAUAUAGAUUAAUAUUAGAAGGCAAUGUCAGUAUUAAGAAGACUACAUCUAUGCGAGACUAUUCAUUAUAUUAAAAAAAUAAAGCAAAGACUAGAAGUAAAAAGUAUUAAAAAGAAUCAUCUGAUGAUUUUAAAAAAAAUAUGCAAACUGAUGAUGCUAGUCCCAGCUCUUAAAGAAGCUAAGACUAAUAUCCUAUUUCUUUUAAUGCUUAAAACUAAAUUUUUUAAAAUGGAUUAAGUUAGAAAGGAAGUAUAAAUUAUGAACUAUCAAAAGAAGAAAAGAUGAUGGUUUAAGUUUCAUAAUUUCAUAAUGAUAUCCCUCAAAAUUAGCUUAAAGUUUUUAACGAAUAAAUGUUUAUUAAAUAAACUAUUUCAUAGUAAGAAUAAAAUAAUAAAAAUACCAAGUCGUAAAAAAAAUAAAUUUUAUCAUAAUUGGGGAAAAAUAGCAGCUAAGUAUAGAAUGGAAAGAACAAUAACAGCAAUUUAAGCUAUUUAUUAAAAGAAAAAUUAAUGAGUAUUAAUUAGCUAUCCAAAUUAAAAAAUAGCGAAUAAAAAAGGGAAGAUUCUGAAAGCAGAGACGAUAGUCUUAGCUAAGUAUCAAGUGAGGCAAACAUUGAUUUUUAACCUAAAAAAGGUAAUAGCAAACAAUCUAUACCAACUGUUUUAGAAUAAGCUUAGAAGCUUUAAAAGGAGAUUGAAGAAAAAUAAAAAUAACUCCUUAUGCUCAGUCUAGAAGGAAAGGUAGAUAAAAAAAAAUAAAAAAAAGGGUAUUAUGAUUAAAUUGAUGAAAGUAAACUGAUAUAAAAUAAAUAAAUAGAUGGUUAAUAAAAAUUAAUUAAAGUUAAAGAAGAAUAUUAAGAUGAUGAAUAUAGCUUAAACAAAGAUAAAUCUGAAUUCAAGAAUAGUAGGAAAUAAUAAAAACCUUAAAAGGUCUAAAUUGAUCAUGAACAGCAAAAGUAAUUAUUACAAAAAAUGUUGCAGAGCCAAUAAAACAAAAAGUUAAAUAAUUAAAAUGAAGUAAACCCUCAAAGUAAAGAAGAAAAUUUACCUAAUAAUAAGUUAAAUAAUUUUAAUAAGAAGCUUCAAUCUUAAUUAAAGAUUUUAAAUACACUAAAUACUCUUAAAUUAUAAAACAAAUUUAAUAAAAAUUAUGAUAGCAGCGAAAGUGAUGAUUUGAAUUUUAACACCUAAAAAAGUGAAGGUGAAGACGAUUAAAUUGAUGAAGAUAAUUUCAAUAAAAAUGAGUUAGGUUAUGAUUAAUAAGAUGAUGAUGAAGAGGAAGAAGAGGGUGAAGAAGAAGAUGAUGAUGAUGAUGAAGAUGAAGAUGAUAAUGAUGAAGAAGAUGAUGAUGAAUAUAAUAAAAAUGGAACUGGAUCUAAGUAAAUCUCUAAUAAACUAAUGAAAUAUUUAAGUUCGAGCUUUGCUAAAUUAAUGCACUCUAUAACAUAAAAAUAUAGCAAAAAGUAUUAAAUAGCAAAGUAAAAUAAGGCUAAUAAAAAAAAUUAGAUGAAAUAGUAGGCUCAUAAAUAGAAAAGCUUAGAUUAACUCCUUUAAGCAUAGUAAUACAUUUAAAAGAAUAACAAUAACUUAUCUAGUUAAAAAUAUAUUAACAUUUUAUAAAAUUAAAAUGUCGUCAACUAAAAAAACAAAAACUAAAACAGAAAUAAUAUUUAAUAAUUUGAAAAAAAUAAUAAUAAAAAACAAAAGAAAGAUGUAGAAUCAAACUCUCAAAGUGAAAAUAAAAUUUAAAAUAAUAUAGAAAAUAAUAAUAAGUUAAAUUAGAAAUUAUAGUAAUAAAUAAUUGAAGGAAAAGACAAUCAAUCAAAUUAAAUAAAUAAUGUGGACUUCAACCAACAAUAGUCUUUGAUGAUUUCUUAACAGCAGAAGUAUAUAUAAUAAGAGCUAAAUAAAUAAGAAAAUUAACAAUCAUUAUUAUUAAAAAUGGAUGCAUCUAAGAAAUAACAAGCAAAAAAAAAUAAAACUUAAAACACUCAAAGUAAAUAAUUACAAGAAAAUACUAAUGAUAUAAAUAAGCAAAACUAAAACUCUUAAAUGGAAAUUGAAAGUAUGAGCUUAAGUUCUGAUAAAUCUGUAAAACUAGGAUAAGAAACUCAAGUAAAAGAUGAGAAUAAAAAUAAUAUUAUCAAUAAAAAAAAAUAAAUAGCUGAUUUAAAUAAAAAUAAUUCUGGUGGAAACAUUUUACAGCAGGAUAAUUUUAUGAAAGAUUCUGAUUUUUCUCUUUCUUCUUAAAUUUAGCAAAAUUCUAGCUAAGAAAAUAUUAGAAUGAAUCAUUCUUAUCCUUAAAUUAAUGGUUAAAGUAAUAUAUAGUUAUCACAAGUCUCACAAAAAGAUUAAUCCUCAAUUUAUACUGGAGAAAUUCUUAAUUUAAGCUAGGAAUCAUUUGCUUAAGAUUUAAGUAAAUAAAAUUUGAAUUAAAAUGGUGAAAAGUUAAAAUACAACACUUUAGACUCAUAAAUGUAUAAAAUGAAUAAUCCUAUUAGUAAUAAUAUGGCUAAAGUAAACAAUUCUAAUAAUUUAUAAAAUAAAAGUGUUUCUAAUUAGAAAUCGAACAUAAAUCAAGCAAAUGCUUUUUUAAGUAUUAUGAGUUAAAUACCUUAGGAUGCAUCAAAAAGCGAUGACAGAAUUGACUAUUUAAUUAGUCAGCUUUAAUCUUUAGAAACUUUACUAAACACAACUAAACAAGAACUAAAUAAAUUAGAGUCAACAAUAAAAGAGCCAGAUCCGAAUACUCAGCAGAAUCAAUCUCCUACACUUCUUCACAAUGAUGAAAUGAGCAAUAUGGGUAUUUUAUCAAACCACAACCUAAAUUUUAUAAACUUUAAUUAAUAUCAUAAUCCUAACUUAUCUAUGCAAUAAACUUACAAUCACUCUGAUGAGCUGGAUUCAUCACUUAUUCACCAAUCAGAAUACAAGCAAUCAAAUUUAAAAUAACUCUCAAAGUAUCAUAGCUAAAAUUCAUAAAAUCAAAAAUUGCAUAAUAAUUUAAUGCAAAACAGCUAUGAAGGUAGUAGUAAUCACUCUCAUAAUAUAAAUUAAACCUAAGACGAGGAGAAAAUGCAUGAUAAUAAUUAAAAUCAUAUCUCAGAUAUACAUUCUAUAGAUUUUGCAUUUGAUAACAAAUAUUCUAAUGAAGAUAUGAAUUAUAUUGGAGGCUAAGAACAUGAAAAAGAUUUAUACCAUCUUGGCAAUAUUUCACCAUCUCCAAUAAAAAAUAAUUAAUAUAGACACAAAGACAACAACUAACAUAAUGACUCAUCUUAAAAUAUGCAAGAAAAAAGUGCUGAUGAUAUUGCAAUCAAUGAAGAAACUGAAUCAGAUAAUAGCUACCUAAAUAAAAAGGAUUCUUCUAAAAUGGAUGCUUUUAAAGUAAUAGCUUGA